UCCCAACAGAAGACGGAUAAACAUUUACCAGUGUUGCAACCAGCCUGGCGUAUCUGGGUCUUGGAAUAAUUAAACCAGCAAAAAGGGGCCCUGGUCACUGCUGGAGGAGGACACAAUUCACUAAAAGCCACAGGGUUAGAAUUUAACUUCUGUGACAUGAUCCCCACUUCUUAGAAUCUACACAUAGAAAACAUACCUCUCAUCUGACAGACUUGACAAGGGCUCUCAGAGCAGGCAGGUUUCAAGGGCAAAUGGCUGGUUUCCUCUCAGACCUGGUUCAAUACCGGAAGCUAUUGCUAAUGAUUAUGGUGCUAGGGAUUGGGGGAACCCACUUGUCUGGUUUUCAAAUGUGUGUCAUCAAUUACACAUCUCCGUACAUCCAGAAGUUUAUCAAUGAAACUUGGCUGGAGCGAUAUGGGUCUGUGCUGCAACAGGAGACACUCACAUUAUUGUGGUCCUUCAUCGUGUCUAUGUAUUGUGUAGGUGGAACAAUAGGCUGUCUGUGCAGUGGGUUCCUAACAGCAAAAUAUGGAAAGAAGAAAUGUCUGCUGUUCAAUGACGUGGUCCUCAUAAUAGCCACACUGAAUACUGGCUUCAGUAGGAGAGCCAAAUCUUUUGAGAUGAUCCUGAUUGGGCGCUUCCUUGAGGGCUUCGGUGCUGGAAUACACUUGAGUGCCCACAUUCAAUAUGCUGGAGAGAUCUCACCGAAGAGGUUGCGUGGCUUUGUAAAUGUGAGCUCCUCUGUGUUUCUUGCAUUAGGAAAAGCUGUCGCAAGAAUUCUUGGAUUAAGAGAUCUUUUAGGAACAGAAGAUAUGUGGAAUGUGCUAUUGUCCUUCUCUGGGUUAGUGGCAUUGAUUCAACUGGUCUUUUUGCCAUUCUUUCCUGAGUCCCCUCCCUAUCUCUUGCUGCAAAAAGGAGACAAACCCGGUUGCUUGAAAGCCAUGAAGCAACUCUGGGGAGAAGGGAAUUAUCUCAUUGAAUUUGAUGACAUGAUGAAGGAAAAGGCUAUAACAAAAGGCACCAAAAUCAUGAAUGUCCUAGAGAUGCUGAAAGAACCAUCUGUGUAUCCGCAGUUGGGCACCAUGCUCCUCAUUUUACUGAGUCUGCAGCUCUGUGGCUUGAGUGCAAUCACAUUCUACACCUCAGAAAUUUUUCAGACAGCUAACCUGAAGGAAAGCAUAAUCCCAUAUGUAUCUCUAGGAGUUGCAGUUUCCGAGCUCAUCUCUCUCAUCUUCUGUAGCUCCAUUAUUGAUCGCUGUGGACGCCGGAUACUCCUGUGGGGUGGUUAUUUGCUGAUGGCACUGAUACUCACGCUGCUUGAAAUAAGUCUUCUACUGAGCGAUCAGUUCCUCUGGAUGCGGUACUGCAGUGUUAUUCUUAUCUUUUUAUUCAUCAUUGCCUAUGGGUUAGGACCAGCUGGAGCCAUCACAUCUGUCACGAAUGAAAUCUUCACCCUUUCGACAAGGUCCUCUGCUUUUGUAAUCGGUGGAAUCAUCAUCUGGCUUGGCCUCACUUUCACAGGAAUGAUUUUCCCCUUUGCUGUUAUGUUCCUUGGUCCUUUUUGCUUCCUCAUCUUUAUUGCUGUCCUGGUCAUUUCAGCGGCUCUCAUCUACCUAUUCCUCCCAGAAACAAAAGGGAAAUCAGCCUCUGAAAUCACAGAGGAAUUCAAAACAUGCCAGGUUAAGAAGAAACAUCAUCAGAUUGUGGAGAAGAAUGCUACUGAAGAGAAGACAUUCUGCACCAAGCUCGUACAGUACCAGGGGUUCUUUCAGAUGGUCACCAUCCUCGGGAUUGGGGGGACAUUCCAAAUUGGCUUUCAAAUUUCUACAAUCACCUAUGUGUCUCAGCAUGUUAAGGCUUUCAUUAAUGAAACUUGGCUGGAGCGAUAUGGCUACCCCAUCCAUCAAGAUAACCUCUUGUUCCUGUGGUCUAUCACCGUGUCCAUCUAUGGUAUAGGAGGUCUCUUGGGUUCUUCAGGAACUAGAUACCUGACGGUCAAAUACGGCAAAAAGAAAUGUCUCCUGUGCACCAAUGUACUCAUGAUAACAUCAGCAUCUAUCAUGGGCUGCAGUAAAAUAGCCCAGUCCUUUGAGAUGAUUCUGAUUGGACGCUUCCUGUGUGGAGUAAGUGCAGGUCUUUGUGCUCCUCUACAUCAUCAAUAUGUUGGAGAAAUUUCCCCUAAGAAGCUACGUGGAUUUGCAAACUCUACUUCCUCUUUCUUUUGGUCUCUGGGAAAAGCCAUAGGGCAGAUUUCAGGACAAAGGGAGCUACUAGGCAGCCAGUACCUAUGGCCCUUGCUGAUGGCCUCCUGUGGAUUUCCAGCACUGGUCCAGCUGGUCACUCUGCCUUUCUUCCCUGAGUCCCCAGCAUAUCUCCUCAUGCAUAAAGGAGACCAGGAAGGCUGCAAAAAAGCCAUAAGGCAGCUUUGGGGUGAAGGCCAUCACCAAGCAGAGAUUGAUGACUUCAUGAAAGAGAAGGCAACAAUGAAAAACACCAAGAUCUUGAGUGUCCUGGAGCUAAUGAGAGAACCAGCUUUCCGUUGGCAGCUGUACAUGAUAGUUGUUCUGACCGCCACAGUUCAGCUAUGUGGCAUCAAUGCAAUUUAUUUUUAUACUUUUGAAGUCCUCCAGGCAGCUGGCUUUGAUGAAAGAAUGAUCUCCUAUAUGACCCUCUCUGUUGGACUCUCUGAACUCGUAGCUACUGCAGUCUGUAGCUCCAUCAUUGAGCGACUGGGCAGGAAAGUGCUCCUAAGAGGAGGUUAUUUUAUCAUGGGCUCAUUGCUAGCUGCUAUCACUGUGACUCUCUCACUACAGGACUGGUAUUUCUGGAUGCCAUACUGCAGCCUUUGUCUGAUUAUCUUGUUCGCAAUUGUCUUUGGAGUUGGGCCAGCUGGUGCCACAGUUUCUGUUAGGGUUGAAAUUUCCAAGUUCUCAUGCAGACCAUCUGCCUUUGUGAUCGGCGCCACUCUCAACUGGUUGGGCGUCUUUGUGAUCGGAACGACCUUCCCCUUCAUUGUGAAUAUUUGUCAAAGGUCAAAAUGCAAAGAGCUCCUUGUCCAAUUCAAAGUACUUUGGUACCCAAAUACGAACACUGUGCAAAGAAAGUGCAAAAGAAAAGACAUGCUGAUAUUGCUCUCUUUCUUACUUUGCUUUUCCCUGCAGGAAAAACUCAAGCACUUCUGCUUCCUCAUCUUUAUGGUAGUAAUUUUCACUUCAGGGACAAUUAUUCACCUGUUCCUUCCAGAAACAAAAGGGAAAUCAAUCGUGGAAAUCACAGAAGAAUUCAAUAAGUUAAACUUUAGAAAGAAGUAUAUUCCAACAACUCCGAACCAUGUCACAGAGGACUACACCUUCUGCACCAGGCUCUGACCAGCUGUUAUAGGCAGUCAGGCUAUCUUAAAAGGAAGGGAAAAAACAGAUAAUUGUUUUCUGACUAGAA